AUGGUCAAGCACGAUGGACUGACUCGACCAGGCACGUAUGGUGUUGUCUACAAGGCGCGUGACCUUGCCAAUAGUGGCCGCAUCGUCGCCCUCAAAAAGAUUCGCCUCGAAGCCGAAGACGAAGGUGUCCCUAGCACUGCUAUCCGAGAAAUCUCCCUUCUCAAGGAAUUGAGAGACCCCAACAUUGUCCGCCUGUUUAACAUCGUCCACUCCGACGGCCACAAGCUCUACCUUGUCUUUGAGUUCGUGGAUCUAGAUCUAAAGAGGUACAUGGAGGCGCUACCCGUCAGCGAUGGUGGCCGAGGCAAAGCCCUGCCCGAGGGAUCCUCGGCGACCAUUAUGCAACUCGGCCUUGGCGAAGUUGUUGUCCGGAAGUUUAUGAUGCAGUUGUGCGAGGGCAUCAAGUACUGCCAUUCCCGUCGAGUGCUUCACCGAGAUUUGAAGCCCCAAAACUUGCUGAUUGACAAGGAGGGUAACCUGAAGCUGGCUGAUUUUGGCCUUGCCCGUGCCUUUGGCGUGCCCCUGCGAACGUAUACCCAUGAAGUGGUGACGUUGUGGUAUCGAGCUCCGGAGAUUUUACUCGGUGGAAGACAAUACUCGACUGGUGUCGAUAUGUGGUCAGUGGGCUGUAUCUUUGCUGAAAUGUGUACUCGGAAACCAUUGUUCCCUGGUGACUCUGAAAUAGACGAGAUUUUCAAGAUUUUCCGGCAAGUUGCCCUCUCCCUCGAUUCCACGCCUGAAAUAUACUCUCAAACCAUGAAGCAUGAGGAGGUCUGGCCCGGCGUCACUUCAUACCCCGACUUUAAAUCAUCAUUCCCUAAGUGGAGGAGAGACUAUAGGCAACCCCUCUGCCAGAACCUGGAUCAAAAGGGCCUAGAGCUCCUCGAAAUGAUGCUGGUAUAUGACCCGGCUGGCCGCAUCUCGGCCAAGCAAGCCUGCAACCACCCUUACUUCGAAGACUACCUCGCCGAGCAGCAGGAAGAGGUUGGCCGCAUGAAUGGCUACUAUAAUUAG